AUGCCCUAAAGCAGACGUGGACGUAACAAUCAACGGCCCCACAUUGGAAGACAUAUUUCUUGAGAAGAAAGAGUUGCUGAUUGACUGGGAUAGGGCCAUGACGGCAGAAGUUGAUCACAUGGGAAACGCUGCCAUCACCUUCAUCAUUCUCUUCCUCACCUCCAUUCUGUUCAUCAUUGGAACCACUGCUUUCAAGGUUAAAUGAAACCAGGCAAACUUUCUGUACAGUAAUACUUUUUCACAUAUUUUUUUCUUGUAAGCGCAAUUUCCCCCUUUCCCCAUUAAAAUUACAAGAGCUUUAUGUCUUUUUGAAAAUAAAUGUUAAAAUGGAGAUAACUGAUUCAGAUAACCGAUUUUUUCUCCUCACCAUUACUUUGAAAUGGUUUGCAUCAUCCAGUUUGAAUAUGUGUUAUACAAUACUCAUACGGUGUUAUUAAAUAUUCUGUCUUUGUUUAUUGUUGUACUGAAUUAUGUAAUAAAAGGUUAUGUUCAUCACUUCAUCAGCAAGUCAAUUUGUAGAUUUAUCAGUUGGUUAGUUUUCCAGUCAUUAACGGACUUGAAAACGAAAGGCUUUGCUAAAGUCAUGAGGCCACAUGAAAUCUAUGUGAAACCUUAUGUAAACAGUCUGAGAUAUUUAAAUGUACACGUUGUUUCUGUUACUGGCAUAACCACACCUCACACCUGGUAUCUGUGAUGCACCAUUGAUUCUUGUAUUGUUUCACUUCUGUAUUUUGGUACUUUUUUGAGAACUGGGUGUUACUCAAUGCUUCUGCUUGCCGCUAUCUGUGAUCACUCAGCCCUGUCAUGCCUUAACAUCUGUGCAACCGACUUCCAGCCCUAUUUCCACCUGACUUUCAGACACCAGCCACUGUAAAAGUACAACUCUGCCAUCUAGCCAAAAUACAAUGAUAUUACAGUUUGCAUUGAGGCUUUUCAGUUAGUUACUUGACCAAAAUCUGAAGGUGUGCGGGUUUUCAUGCCAAACAUCACACUUCACCCUGUCUGGGAAGGUGAAUUCGGGGCCUCACCUGUCAGACUCAUUUGCACCUUAAGUGGCUUCUUUCCCGGCAAAUUGGAAGUGGAUUGGCAAAGGGACGACCAAACCUUAACUAUUACUCCAACUGAAUUGAAGCUGCAGAGCAUAGAGGGAAGGGAGAAAACCUUCAGUCGAAUCAGCGAUAUUGAGCCCACGAAGAAAGAAUGGGAAAGCGGCUCAAUGUUUGGAUGCAAGGCCCGACACAAUAAACAGGAAUUUACAAAAACAGUAAAUAUUUGUCAAGUGUUUUCAAGUGCCGCUGCUUCCAUUGAUGUGGAGAUCCCCAGCUUCAGGACUGUAAUGAUGGCAGAAUCUGAAGUGACAGCAAAGUGUUCUGUCCAGACUCUGUUUAAAGCCAAGGUGACCUGGGUGAUGGAUGGACGAGAGUACAGACCAGUACCCAAGGAUUCAAACACAACUCAUAUCAUCAGUGAUGUGUCGGUUCCCUCAAGUCGGUGGAAGCAACUCAAGUCUAUAACAUGUAAAGCUGAACAUAAGUGCCUCCCAUCCACUGAGAGGACUGUGAAUGUUAAAGGUCCUGCAGUUACAGAUCCAUCAGUGGAGAUUAAGAGGUCCCUACAAGAUUUGCUGAAGGGACAAAGUGCUAUGCUCGAGUGCGACAUUACAAAUCUCUCCUCCAGCGACCUCUACGUCACCUUUCAGGCAAACGAUACAGACAUCUCUGACAGACAGUAUGUGGACCUUCCUGUAGCCCCAGGCCCCCAUUCAAUCACCAGAAGCUUCUCCAUCCCUCCAAGUCACUGGAAGAAAGACACAACUUUCAGCUGCAAAGUCCAGCAAGGCUUCUCCUCCAAGUUCACGUCAAAGUCAACUAGAAAUAUAUUUGUGGACCCUUCUGUGGAACUUCUCCUUGUCCCCAGUGAAGAGUCCGGACCACAGAGACUCUUAUGCUCUGCAUGGGGCUUCAACCCUCAGAUUCAAUGGUUUUCUGAGUCCAAGCUACGAUCUUCAAACAACGACAACGUCACCAUGGGUGCAGACGGACGUGUGGCAAUGACCAGUCAACUUACUAUCCCCCAAACUGAGUGGAAAACAGGGAAAGUCUUCACUUGUAAUGUGUCUGACAUGUCCCUGACAGAAACUGUCCACAAGAAUGUCAGCCUCUGCUCAGUGUAUUCAGGUGCCGCUGCUUCCAUUGAUGUGGAGAUCCCCAGCUUCAGGACUGUAAUGAUGGCAGAAUCUGAAGUGACAGCAAAAUGUUCUGUCCAUACUAUGUUUGAUGUCAACGUGACCUGGGUGAUGGAUGGAGGAGAGUACAGCAAAGUAACCACAAAUUCAAACACAACUCAUAUCAUCAGUGAUGUGUCGGUUCCCUCAAGUCAGUGGAAACAACUCAAGUCUAUAACAUGUAAAGCUGAACAUAAGUGCCUCCCAUCCACUGAGAGGACUGUGAAUGUUAAAGGUCCUGCAGUUACAGAUCCAUCAGUGGAGAUUAAGAGGUCCCUACAAGAUUUGCUGAAGGGACAAAGUGCUAUGCUCGAGUGCGACAUUACAAAUCUCUCCUCCAGCGACCUCUACGUCACCUUUCAGGCAAACGAUACAGACAUCUCUGACAGACAGUAUGUGGACCUUCCUGUAGCCCCAGGCCCCCAUUCAAUCACCAGAAGCUUCUCCAUCCCUCCAAGUCACUGGAAGAAAGACACAACUUUCAGCUGCAAAGUCCAGCAAGGCUUCUCCUCCAAGUUCACGUCAAAGUCAACUGGAAAUAUAUUUGUGGACCCUUCUGUGGAACUUCUCCUUGUCCCCAGUGAAGAGUCCGGACCACAGAGACUCUUAUGCUCUGCAUGGGGCUUCAACCCUCAGAUUCAAUGGUUUUCUGAGUCCAAGCUACGAUCUUCAAACAACGACAACGUCACCAUGGGUGCAGACGGACGUGUGGCAAUGACCAGUCAACUUACUAUCCCCCAAACUGAGUGGAAAACAGGGAAAGUCUUCACUUGUAAUGUGUCUGACAUGUCCCUGACAGAAACUGUCCACAAAAAUGUCAGCCUCUGCUCAGUGUAUUCAGGUGCCGCUGCUUCCAUUGAUGUGGAGAUCCCCAGCUUCAGGACUGUAAUGAUGGCAGAAUCUGAAGUGACAGCAAAAUGUUCUGUCCACACUAUGUUUGAUGUCAACGUGACCUGGGUGAUGGAUGGAGGAGAGUACAGCAAAGUAACCACAAAUUCAAACACAACUCAUAUCAUCAGUGAUGUGUCGGUUCCCUCAAGUCAGUGGAAACAACUCAAGUCUAUAACAUGUAAAGCUGAACAUAAGUGCCUCCCAUCCACUGAGAGGACUGUGAAUGUUAAAGGUCCUGCAGUUACAGAUCCAUCAGUGGAGAUUAAGAGGUCUCUCCAAGAUUUGCUGAAGGGACAAAGUGCUAUGCUCGAGUGCGACAUCACAAAUCUCUCCUCCAGCGACCUCUACGUCACCUUUCAGGCAAACGAUACAGACAUCUCUGACAGACAGUAUGUGGACCUUCCUGUAGCCCCAGGCCCCCAUUCAAUCACCAGAAGCUUCUCCAUCCCUCCAAGUCACUGGAAGAAAGACACAACUUUCAGCUGCAAAGUCCAGCAAGGCUUCGCCUCCAAGUUCACGUCAAAGUCAACUGGAAAUAUAUUUGUGGACCCUUCUGUGGAACUUCUCCUGAUCCCCAGUGAAGAGUCCGGACCACAGAGACUAUUAUGCUCUGCAUGGGGCUUCAACCCUCAAAUUCAAUGGUUUUCUGAGUCCAAGCAACAAUCUUCAAACAACGACAACGUCACCAUGGGUGCAGACGGACGUGUGGCAAUUACCAGUCAACUUACUAUCCCCCAAACUGAGUGGAAAACAGGGAAAGUCUUCACUUGUAAAGUGUCUGACAUGUCCCUGACAGAAACUGUCCACAAGAAUGUCAGCCUCUGCUCAGUAACUCCAGCAUCCUCUCAGAUAGUUGGCGUAUUUGUCCAGGGACCCCCACUCGAGGAAUUCCAGAACAAGGGACAGGUGACUAUCACCUGUCUUCUUGUCGGCUCUCGUCUUAAUGAUUUCUUCAUCAACUGGAAAGUAGAUGGGAACAAAUCUUCUCUGUUCCAUAAAGAGCCACCAGUGAGGUACAGCAAUGGGACAGAGACUUUGAGGAGUGUCUUCAAUGUGUCCGCAGACGACUGGCAUGCACAUAAACAAGUGUCUUGUGAAGCAAAGCACCUAUGCUCCACCCAGGGCUACAAGGGCCAUACAAGCAAAAGCAGAGAUUUUCAUCAACCAACAGUGAAGAUAAUACAACCAACUGCCUCUGAGCUCUCUGCGUCAGAUGACCUCCCACUUAUUUGCCUCGUAUCUGGGUUUUACCCAUCCAACGUCAUCGUGUACUGGGAAGGGAGUGGCCAGAGACUCCCAUCAACUCGCUUCACCAACAGUGCUGAGUGGACAUACACAGGGAGCGGCACUUAUUCAAUGAGCAGCAGACUGAACAUAUCCAAAACUGAGGACAAAAGCUCUACGUAUUCCUGCUUUGUGAGACAUGAGUCAUCUGAAACGCCGUUUAAAAGCACUAUAAAGAAUGUGUUUGCUACAGUCACUCACACUGAACCUUCAGCCACCUUGCUCCAGGGCACAAACGAACUGGUGUGCCUGGUCUUCGGCUUCAGCCCUGCAUCCAUUAACAUCACAUGGUUCCUUGAUGAAUCCGUGCCACUGUUGGACUACAACACUAGCGAGCCCCACGAAAGUCAGAUUGGAAAGUUCAGUGUCCGAAGCCGCCUUCGUCUUCCCAAAGGCAACUGGUUACCAGGAGCAAUCGUAACCUGCAGGGUGUCCCAUGCAAACACCACCCUAUCCCUGAAUAUAUCUAAACCAGACAACUUUGAGCACUGCACUUUCUUCGAUGAAAUUGUGAAUGCUGAUGUCAAUCAAGAUGUAGGUGGGGAAAGCUGGUAUAUGGCUUUAACUUUUAUGCUUCUUUUCUUCAUCUCUGUCAUCUUUGGAGUCUCAGCUACCAUGAUUAAGACUAAAUGAUGGUGAUCGCGGGACAGAUCCCAUGCAAUGAUCCAAAUUUGGAUAUUGCCUGAAUAGUUUCAACUUUAUCUCUUUUUAAAUUCUUUUUCACUUUCUUCUUUAGUUUAUGUUUGUAUUAUUGUGGACUGCAUUUAUUUUUGAUUCCCUCUUCAAAUGUCAACUUUGAGUUUUAAAUACCAAUAUAAUGAAAAAAUAUUCUAUCA